GACUGUUUUGAUGCAAUAAUUGAUAAUAAUUGAGAGCGCUAGUGCAGCCGUUACAUCGAGCCGAUCCUUGAUGCAACAAUUAUACAAAUUGUAGAAAAAUAUUUAAAUAUGGCCGGAGGAAAAAAUAGUCAAGGUGGAUUUCAGCCGGAUUCCGAUGUUCAUAUUACUUUCGAAGAGCAACAAAAAAUUAAUAAAUUUGCAAGGCAAAAUGCAAAAUUGGAAGAUUAUAAAGAAGAGCUUAAAGUCAAGCAGAAUGAAUUGAAGAACUUGGAAGAUGCUUCUGAUGAAUUGGCUCUUAUGGACGAUGAUGUAAAAAUACCAUAUUAUAUUGGAGAAGUAUUUGUUCAUCAAGGCCUUGAAAAGACACUGAAUUGUUUGGAAGAUGCUAAAGAUAAGAAAAAAACAGAAAUUACAAAUUUGGAAAGCAAAUGUGCAGAUUUGAAGACUAUCAUGAGCGAAUUAAAAACGCAAUUAUAUGCAAAGUUUGGAAGUCGUAUAAAUCUUGAAUCAGAAGAAUCCGAUUAAUCUUUUUAGUAAUGCAUUUUUAUUAUUAUUAUUAUUAUUAUUAUAUUUAAUAUUAUAUAUAGUAUUAAAGAAAUUAUAUUAUCAUUUGCCACACAUUGCAAUUUCUAUUGAAAUUUUUAUAGAAAAAUAAAUAAAGUUUAAGUUGAAUUUUU